AUGUCUGAUAACUAACUAACUGACUUGUUACUAUAUUAUGCAUACAUGGAAUAAGAAAUUGAAGUUCUAAGGGAAGUUUUAUGCUCUGAGCCUUAUUUUCAACCUUAUAACUUAUUCAAAUUUAUUGAUUGUUUGAAAGAUGAACCAAAAGUAUAUAUAAUAAAUAAGUUAGGGAUUUUUGACAGCUGAAGAUUUAUCUUUUUAUUUAAAUGAAAGAAAGUUUCCAUAGAAUUUACCAACUAAAGUUUAUAUCGAGAAUUACAAUUAGAACAAAGAUUAAAAAUUAGUAUACUCAGAGUAAUUGAAUAGUAAAUUAUAAGAUUUCUGAGAGCGAUCUUGCCUAUAUCUAAUAUUGAUAUAAGAGAAAAGAUUACUUAGUAAACACCUUCUGAUUAAAUGAUAAUAAGUGAAAGAACUUAAUAUUUAUUCGGAAAAUUACUGGAAGCGUAUAUUAUACCAAUAAUUGUAGGGAAAUAAAACUGACUCUCUAAGCUGAAAAUUAUAAAUCUCAGAUUGACCCAAAUUAUUUUGAUAAGAUUUGUUAUUAGAAUUUUAUUUAUCAUCAAGAUCUGUCAAGUUACUUCAAACAAAAACAUAUAACUACUAAUUCUCUUGAAAUUUAAUAAAUUUUUAAUAGAAUUGAUUUAUUAAAUGAUGGAAAAAUAGAUAGAAAUGAAUGGAAUCUAUGGGUAAAUGCAAGGAGGUCAGUUUUUUAAAUUAAUUCAAAUUCAUAUAAAUAAUCAUAGAAAUUCAAUAAUACUAGAUAUAGUUCAACGAAAAGAAAAUAAUAGGAUACAACAAUGAGUGAUUUGCUUGCUUUAUCUAAAUAAGGUUUUUAUCAGUCUACUAAACCUCCUUUAUCUAACAUUUCUUAUAAUACACCAAAAAAAUAUCAUAAAUAGAAGACUGAACUAAGAGCUUAAAUGCAUUAUUCAUUAUUAUAAAAUAGCAAUCAAUCUUCGAAACAAGAAUUAACUUAUAAAACAGCUUCUCAUAAACCAAUUACAUGUUUUUACGAAGAUGAAAUUUAAACCUUAAAAAAAUCAUAGUCGAUGGCAAAAUAUGAAUCAUUAGAACCAGUUAAUUACUAUGUUUAGCUAUUUUUGAAUUUGAUUUAGUUGAUCAAAAAGAUUGAGCGUUAAAAAAUUUUAUUGAGCAAUCAUGAUGAUUUUUCACUAUACACAUCAUUUCAAAAAUUAGAUAAAGGUUUCAAAGGAAUUCUAAUAAAGAGUGAUUUAAUAUAAUUUUGCAAAAACCCAUAAUUGAUAUUAGAUCGAUAUGGAAAGGAUAAUAAAAUGAGAUUUUCAGAAUAUAUAAAAUUGAUUGAACCAAAAGAUCCUUAAGCAAUAGAAAUACUUUUAAAAAAAGAUUAAAAACAUAAGGGAUAAAUGUUAACAUAAACAGAAAUAUCUCUAAAAUUACUUUUUGAAUUGAUUGAGCAAUUUUAAUAGAAAAUAAAUGAAGUAAAUGAUUACUAAAAAAGACAGUCAUUUGAUAUAAGUGAAAUAUUUUAUAUGCUGGCUUAUGAUAGGCAAUAAAUAACUAAUUAGGAUGUAAGAUUAUUUCCUUAUGUAGAUUACUGAUUUCUUAUAAGCGAAUUAAUUCUAAACUGUUCCAAAAGAUAUUGAUUUACUAUUGGCUGAAUUAGAUUUUGAUGGAGAUGGGUAGAUAACUUAUAGAGACUUUAUUAAAAUUUUUGGAAAAUGA